UGGCAAGAGCUGUCCUUUCGUCCUUUCCAAAUAGGCCCAGCUUCCCCAAUUUCUCGCUUGCUUGCUUCCUACACAUCUCUCUCUCUCUCCUAGUUUUCCAAACACCUCUCACUGCUUGUGCUCUCUCAGUUUCUCUAUGUUGUCAAGGACUGAAAGUUUAGGGCUUUUCUAAUUGAAAUCAAGAACCCGGAAGAAGGUGAAGAGAGAAAAAAACAUGAGUGCUUCAAGGUUUAUCAAGUGCGUCACCGUUGGUGAUGGUGCUGUUGGCAAGACUUGCAUGCUUAUCUCCUACACCAGUAACACUUUCCCUACCGAUUAUGUGCCGACAGUGUUUGACAAUUUCAGUGCAAAUGUGGUUGUGGAUGGGAGCACAGUCAAUCUAGGGUUGUGGGAUACCGCUGGCCAGGAGGAUUACAAUAGAUUAAGACCUUUGAGUUAUCGUGGGGCAGAUGUUUUCCUGCUUGCUUUCUCUCUCAUUAGCAAGGCCAGUUAUGAAAAUGUUGCAAAGAAGUGGAUUCCUGAAUUGAGGCAUUAUGCACCUGGAGUACCAAUUAUUCUUGUUGGGACUAAGCUUGAUCUCCGAGAUGAUAAGCAAUUCUUUAUAGAUUACCCUGGUGCAGUGCCCAUUACUACAGCUCAGGGGGAAGAACUGAGAAAGCUAAUCGGGGCGCCUGUUUAUAUUGAAUGUAGUUCUAAAACUCAGCAGAAUGUGAAAGCUGUCUUUGAUGCAGCCAUUAAAGUGGUUCUCCAGCCAACAAAACAGAAGAAGAAAAAGAGAAGAAAGGCUCAAAAGGCCUGCUCCAUAUUGUGAUUGAAAAAUUAAGCACUGGGAAGAAAACAUGACCAACUAGGCAUUGAUCCCAUUAGUCUUUCAUUGUGUGUCUUGCGUUUUCCCAGCUUGAGGAAGCAGCAAGAUUUGGUCUUAGUAUCUACUGACAGAACUAGGAAGAACAUUAUAAGAAUCAAGUUGCGAGUUUGUCACGUUCUGGGUUACAUUUUCAUUUGUAUAAAUAUGAUUGAUUGCGUUUGUUAAACAUGCACACCCUUGUCAUUCUGCAUGUAUUGACUGAAGUCAGGAAAACUCUCAAAUAUUAAACUGUUUCCUCUUGUAUUA